AUGUCGGCUUCGAUGGAGGUGACGUUGGGGUAUGAUUACAGUACCGGAGACUUUCUUGCAUUUGUAACACUCGUCCACAAGCUCUACUGGCUAUUCUACAAAGUAGCAAAAGAUGCACCAGAGGACUUCAAGAAGCUCGUCCGCGAUAUAGGAGCACUAUUCGAGUGCAUCUCAACUCUCGAUGAGGAAGCUACAAAACCUGGCUCGCCUCUAGGCCGUGCAAAACAAGAAAGAGUACGCGCUGUGAAGAACUUGAUAAGUCGAGGGGAGGUGACACUGGAAAGGCUGCAAACUUGGGCGGAGAAGCACGAGACUCUGCGAGAGAUAUCGAGGCCAAAGAUGAAGCAGUGGUAUGACAAAGCACGAUGGGCCUACAACAUACCCGAGUUGGAUGCAAUGCGGAAGCAGGUACUUGGUCAUGUUGGGUUCAUGAGAUUAUUUUUGAACUCACUGGGCAAGCAAUAUCGCGAAAACUCGAGUUUCGAUGAAGUAUUCGCAAAAUCAGUCAUGGGCGCGGCUUUCAAGAAUAACGAGAAGGUUCUGCAGCGGCAUUGGGCAGCAAUUGCAGCGGACAAGUGGAAUGGGGCUGGUAAACUAUGGCUGAAGUCGAAUACGAGUGCCUCUAAACCGCUCCCAAUGUCAACACCUAAGCAACUGGAGAUGAAUGGCGGGCAUCAUCUCCCCUCACCACUCCCGCCGCCCGUCGUUCUGCAUCCUACACGAUUGAAUCCACCACCACCACCACCGCCGCCAGUUCCAGUAUCCCCCUCGAGGCAAGGAAUGGUUCGAUGCUCGUGCCAAGACCCCAAUUGCAAAUUGUGGAUGAAAGCAAGAUGA